AUGGACACCAAGAGGUUCAUCCAGCUAGUUGAGGAGAAAAAGAAGAAAAUUUUGGAGAAAAAGGAAGCUCCUUUGAAGUGGGAGCAGAAGCUGGAAGCUGCUUCCAGAGCAAAGGCUGAUGCUGAAGCUAAAGAAAAGAAGCUGAAGGCUGCAAAACAUAAGAAGAGAUCGAGCUCUGAUACUGAAAGUGAUCAUGACACUGAUGAUGAGAGUAAAAGGGCUAGUAAAAGAUCUCAUAGGAAGAACAAGAAGCAUUCUCACAUAAGUUCAAAGCGGAAGACAAAGAAGCGGUCUUCAGAGUCUAGCGAUUUUAGUAGUGAUGACUCUGUAAGUAGCUCUGAAGAGGAGAGGAGGAGAAAGAAGAGGCAAAGGAAGAAGAUAAGAGACCAAGGUUCAAGAUCAGAUUCUAGUGGUUCUGAUUCUUUUGCCGAUGAAGCCAACAAGAGAAAAAGGCGGCACAAGCGGCGACAUCCAUCAAAAUUUAGUGGUGAUACUGACUUCUCUAGUGACGAAGGAGAUUUUCCAGAUCGGAAGAGAAGUCAUGGAAAGCAUUACAAACGUCGCCGCCACUUGGAAUCUAGUGAAUCUGAUUUGUCUAGUGAUGAAAGUGAUGAUGUUCACAGGAAGAAAAGCCACAGAAGGCACCAUAAGCAUCAUAGGCAUUCACAUAAUACAGAGGUGAGGUCAUCUGAUUCUGAUUAUCAUGGGCAUGGUGGAAAAUACAGAUCUCAUGAGAAGCCUUCAGAUGAAAAUUCUGAAGAAGAAAGCAAAAGAUCAGUGCAUAAACGGUCUGGACAUCAUCACCAUCACCACCACCACCAUCAUUUUGACAAACAUGUACCCUGCUUGGAUGAUGAGAGAAAUCACUCACUCCACCUCUCACCGAAAACCAAUAGAAAGCACGAGUUGGAAUUUGCUAAAACUGGAGCUUAG